CACACACACACACACCAUUCUGCACAUUAGCUUAUCUCAUGAAACAUGAAAAACAUGAAGACAAAUAUGGUCUAAAUCAGAGUUACUUUAGAAUGAUUUCAUUUGCCGGUUUUUCAUUCGGAAUAUUCGAGAUAUAUUUCUGAAUUUUCCAGUUAUGGGUAUAAUAACACACAUAAUAAGCAUAACAGAGAACAGAUAUUUAUUUAUUUAUUAUUUGACGGUCUUAAGUCAUGCCAAGCAAGUGCUGUUAUUAUAGCAUGUAUCUAACGCAUACACAUUUUAAGUUUAGAAAAAAAAAUCCUGUUGGAAUACUACCAAGACAAAGAUGGCAUUAGCUGGUAGUAAAUAAUUAAUAAGCACACCUAGAAAAACCAGCCUCGCCACUGUGCGAGGCGAAGAACUAAAGAUUUCACAUGAUUUAAUUAAUGAUACUUUUAGUUAUGUUAUGUUUGGAUUUAAUACUUUGAGAGACAAAUUGAGAAUAUAGUGAGACUCGCAAUGAAAUUACCUCAAGAGAAAAUCUAUUAAAGCGUAUUUUGCAGCACAGACAUAUUCAGUGUACGUUGGUUUCUUUUUGUGUUGUGGAUAUGACUCGAUUGGCGAUUUCGUUCCCAUUUUGAAUCAGUUGUAUGACUAAGUGCUGGCAGAUGUUCUAUGUUAAACACAGUGGAAAUGGUUUUACUGUGAAUCAGGGGGGCUCGUCUUUACAUAUUGCACAUACGUGCUUGGUGUUUAACAUAUUUUAAGGAGAGAAAAACGAAGAGGAAAUGUUUCAUGUUGUUUUGUUCUUUCUAUCUCCACUGAAAGCUGUUCUCUACUGAAAGUCUCAAUUUUGAAGAAGAAAAAUUGAACUAAUGUUCAGACAACUGAACAUUAGUUAGAAAGAGUUUGUCUUAGACCACAAUCUAUAAUUAUUUUAAAUAUCAAAAUCUCCAAAAAUGAAGCAUAUUGAAAUCUGCGUGGCUCUUUGAAUGAGAUUAUUAGAAUAAAAGGAACUGCAUCUGUGCGCAGGCACUGGUUGCAAAAUGUGCUCUAAUCUGGACUCAUACCUUAAAUUCUGACCCUCCUUUAUUCUUACUCAGAAUGCGACAAAUUCAAUAUAACAUAAAGUAAACGCAAAACAUGUACAGCUGAAGAGAUAGGUAGGUUGAGCGAAAGAAAAGAGAUGGAUGGAUGGAUGGAUGGAUGGAUGGACGGACAGAUAGUUUUAUUCUAUGCUAAAACUGAAUGAUGAUUGUCUUCAAACUGGCCUUAUUGAAAUAUUUAAAUGUUUUUCGUUCAGUGAGCUCUUUCAUGGAACAAAUUCAGCGCGAUUGUGCUGAUUUAUAAAUACCAAAGGCAGUUUGCUGAGAGGAGUGUGACAGCUGGGUCUUUUGUGGCUUUAAACCCCAUGUUGCUGUUAUGUGUGCUUGCCCGUGUGUUUUAAAUGUGCCUGCUACUUUGUAAUAUUCAAAAUGAAUCCCAUUCCAACUGCUGGUUUCUUUAGCCGACACUCUGAAAUGUGGCCUGCAAACUGCACACAUUUCCCCACUGAGUACAUCCAUUUGUAUCAUUUCACACAUACACACAAAGCUCUGGAAUUCUUCAUCUGUCGCCUGUUCUAGCUGCUGUGCCGAAGUUACAACAAAGCGUGUACACCCGAGCGCACACUGAGGCCUACUUCAAACACGCAAACGCUUAGACACACACAAGCACUCCCGCGGCUGAAAUGCAUCCAAACCCGGGAAUCAACAAAUCAUAAAUCAGCAGAUUUCCAUCCAGUGUGGACGUCACAGAUCAGGUUUAACAUUCCUCGUCUGCAGCUGCAAAGGAGGCUUGCAGUAAGAAAGAAAGAAUGUACAGUCGCAGGCCAGUCGAAUUGUCAUAACUCAAACAUUUUUUGUAGUGUUGACUGUUUAGUUUGGUCUGUGAUGUAUUUAUUUAUUUGUUUGUUUGUUUAUUUUUGCCUAAUUUUUGUGAUAUUUUGCACUAUAUUUCCUACUGGUGUUUUGUACCUGUGCCGGAAGUUGAGGUACAAACAAUUAGUGCAGCAAGUCGAAACACUGCAUAACACAAAAAAAACACGUGUAUUUUAUCGGUGAGACCGCUUUUUGGUAGAACUCCGGGAUAAAUAUCAACAGCUAUCAGAUGUAUGUGGAGAAAGGCUAGUUACUAUUUUUUUUACCACGGUGUUCAUUAUUAACGUUUGAUUUUACGGUUCUUACGGCUCUUAAUUGUGAGACUAAGCAAAAGGUCAAUUAACAGAGCUGAGUGAUGAACAAACACACACACAAUGUUUUUUUAUAGCAUGGAUAUGUCAUGGACUCUUGUGUGUCCUUUCUCCCUUAACACUUCUUUCUGUGCAAUAAAUUAUAUCUGCAGUAGGUGGCGCUCUGAGCUCACCCCCGACACCUCUAGCAAUAAAGAGAGAGAGACGGAGAGAAAGAGAGGGAAAGCUUCCCCCGCCCAAUCUUUAUCAUUUGAAACCUCAGAGCAUAAAUUACCUCUCUAAAGUCAUCGGCGAGAAUUUACGACUGGUCAACAAAAGCACGUGACCGUCCCCCUCCUCCUUCCUCACUACGUGUGUGUCUCUCUCUCCUCCCUCGCCUCACCCCUCACCUCCCCCAUCACACACACACACCCCUCCAUCCAACACACACACACCACCCCACCCCCAUAUUUGGACGGCGCAUACAUAGCUAAAAACGAAGUACAGUGCAACGCCAUAAUUCACUAAUACAUCAUAAAUCGUUGAAAGUACCAGCGUUAUAACGACCCAGAGAAAUCUAACAAAUCAAGCGCCCCUUAGUACUCAACUAUAAACCUGCAAGUCUCUAAAACAACCUAAAUGAGCUCUUAUUUUGUAAACUCGUUCUCGGGGCGCUACCCAAAUGGCCCCGAAUAUCAACUGCUAAAUUAUGGAGGCAGCAGCGGCGCAAUGAACGGCGGGACGUACAGGGAUUCUUCCUCCGCCACCAUGCACCCUGCGACGGGCUCUUAUGGCUACAGCUACAAUGGCAUGGACCUGACCGUCACUAACCGGGGAGGGGGAACCAACAGUACCGCCAACGCUGGAGGACACUACGGGGGCGGCUCAGUUGGUGGGGACUCGCGGGGUUUCGGCUCCCCGGCCCCGGACAGGGGGUUCAGACAACCAUCUAGCUGCUCCCUCGCCUCUGCGGCGGACUCCCUGCUGUCACCCGGCAACGAAAGCACAAAACUGGGCGCCCGGAGUUCGUCUCCUCGCUCGGAUCAAGCAGGAAGCGGUAAUCUCAGCUCACCAAACCUGUCCUCCGCCUCCUCCACCGGCGGUGGCGGCACAGUGCAGCGUUUCACCGAGCUGGAUGACGCGUCACCAGAGACCGAGGACUUGCAGCAUAACCGGGACACCAGUCACGCCAGCAAUCCGCCACCCAGGACCGGGCAUAAGCAAGAGGGCGGUCCGACGGGAUCAGCCGCUGGCAACACUGGCAGUGAGGCGCAGACACCACAGAUAUUCCCCUGGAUGAGAAAGCUACACAUUAGUCAUGAUAUGACGGGCCCCGACGGGAAACGGGCACGGACGGCGUACACCCGCUAUCAGACUCUCGAGCUGGAGAAGGAGUUCCACUUCAACCGGUACCUCACGCGGCGGAGGCGGAUAGAGAUCGCGCACGCACUCUGCCUCACGGAGCGGCAGAUUAAAAUCUGGUUUCAGAACCGGAGAAUGAAGUGGAAGAAAGACAACAAAUUGAAAAGCAUGAGCCUCGCCACUGCUGGCAGCGCCUUCCAACCCUAGAAAUAUCUUUGUUUUAAACCAGAAUCUGUCUUCGUUCAUCUCUUUAGAGAUGAUACUACCAUGUACACGCUUCCCUGGAGGAGGGAAGAAACAAACCAGAAAUAAAAAAAAACUUGAAGAAAACAGCAAAAGAGAGGUCAGCAAAAGACGAAGACGAAGAAAAAAUAUUCCAAAAAUGUAAUCAGAAACACUUAAGAGUACUGUACAGCAGCGCAGCACUUUUCAUUUGUUCGGUAUGUCGGUCUUUGGUGUUUUAGGGCAACGUAAAAAAGAAUCAUGACUGUGGUACUUGCUCUUGUAACAAAAAAAGUGUUUCUUUAUGUUGUCCUCUUUUAAAAAAGGAGGGGAGUCACGGAUAAAUAUGCUACCUACCUUAUGUCCUACUUACAACAUUGCUACCUACCUAUUGUUUAAUGUCUACGUAUCGUUUUAUGUGUCAAGUGUGAAUUUUUGUAACUGACCAAGUGCUUUCUAGAAAAGUUAGCAUGUGAGCGUUUAUUGUAAGUUAUUUACAUCCAGUAAGGCACGUAUACCCUCGCCUACCCCAAACCCACUAUACUCGCUGUCUUACCAUUAAAUUCUGCGCUAUUUGAAGCAGAAAAGGUGUGUGUGUGUGUGUGUGUGUGCGCGCGCGCGCGCGUGCGCGCGUACGUGUGUCCGAGUUUGAAACUUAAAAUAAAUCACUUUGCCUGUAUCUGUUUAUCCAUCCAAAAAGUUGUGUACAGCUACUAUUCAAAAAAAGCGGAACUGUACUAUAUUGUUAUUAUAAUUGUAAUUAUCGGUUCUAUGCUUCUCAAAUGAUGUAUAUAGAUAUAUAUAUAUUGACAUUUUUAAAUGUGACCAGUUGGCUAUUUGUAGGUGCAGUGUGCGAGUUCGUGUUUAUAUGAGUGUGUGUGUAUGGCUAAUGGCUACCGUCCAUUAAGGCCUGUAACCUGUCUGCCAGUGAGCUUUUUGUAUUUGUUUGUAGCUUCAAGUAAAAAGGCAAAAACAAAAAAAACAAACAAGAAACCCAAUAAAGUUCAUUGUACUCAUUAAA